GUCCACACCACCUGCGCAACACAGCUGAGCUCACUUUUGCCUUUUUCCAACUUGUCGUCGCCUUUUCGUUCAUUACAUGCUCUCUUCUUCCCUCGUUUCUGUCAUAGCUCACUCGAGACGGUAUAUCAAGGAUGCUACUGCCACAAGCGCACAUUCCCCGAGGCUGAAUCCGCAACAGCACUGCAAUUAUAUCAUGACCUCGACUCUAUAAGCUCAUGGCUGCCAUCACCGAAGCCCCUGCCACAGGCCUUCUCAACCUUGAGAAUGAGCUCGUCUGUUUCAUUUGCACCGAGGUUCUCUAUCAGCCUCUUACCCUUCUCGACUGCCUCCACACCUUUUGCGGCUCGUGUCUGAAAGAAUGGUUCUCGCACCAAUACCGCAAAGCAAGCCACUCGCGUGCCCCGCCCUCCGUAAAUCCAUACACCUGCCCGACAUGUCGCGCUCCUGUCAAAAACGCCCGGCCCUAUGCGAAGAUAAAUACCUUGCUGGAGAUGUUCUUGAUCGCAAACCCUGGCAGGGAUAGGACUCCGGAAGAGAAGGCUGAGAUGUCGCAGGCGUAUAAACCAGGCGAAGAGAUUCUACCAAAGAUCGAGAACAAUCGUAGGAGGGAGAGAAGAAGACGCGAAGAAGAGGAUUCGGGAUUGGGAGAUUCACGGAAUGCAGAUGGCGCAAACGGCGAGAGAAGCAGACACGACCAACACCUGGACCCCGCUUCGGCUGACCGUAGACGGGGCACCAGCGGAAGUAGCAGAAGUCGGGAACGAAGAGACACAAUGGAAAGGCAAAGAGAUGCAGACCGUCGCCAGAGGCGUGAACAACAGCACACUUCAGAUGUGGAAUCCUCUCGACCCCGAACAGCAAGCUCUUCCCACUCCGCAGAUCCCUCGUCCCUGUCUCCCCCACCUAGUUCACCCAGGCAUCCCGAGGCUGUUGAAGCACGCCAAAGGGGUGCCCGGACCGUCGCUCAUCAAGCAAGUCUAAUAUCCCUGGUCAGCGCCUCCGAGAGUGGCACUGGCACUGGCACUGGCGACAGUUUAGACGAGGCGCGACUCAUGCAAGAGAUUCUGGCUGAAGGCCUCUUGGAUGGCAUCAAUAUUGAUGAACUGACCGAACAAGAACAGGACGCGCUUAGCGAGGCCAUUGCUGAACGGAUCAGGCAAUUGCACCCAGAGAGACUUCGUCGACCAGGCACAGAUGACAGUAGGCCCGACCCUCGCGGGGACACGACAAGGCCGCUGGGAUCACAGGCUGACGAAACCGAGCGCCAUUUCCGCCAGUCAUCCAGGAACAACAAUCGUGAACGGACGCAACCAAGUCCAAGAUCGAGUCAUAAUGUGGUCAUUGGAGGAUCCAACACCCGACAGCCUACCGCUUCGUCCCAAUCAGCAAAUGACCAGUUAUUGACGCUACCGCAGACUGCAGCUCACCGACGGCGAGCUUCUGAUGAGACUCGAAGGUCCGAAAAUUCUGUAAUGAGAACAGAUCGGACACCUCAUCCUGCAGCGAGAUCGGCGACAGAUCUCUCCAACAGACCUCACUCGAAUGCGGGUGGUGCGGAUCGCCUCCAGCAACUCCAGCAGGGGCCACAUGCGCAGAGAUCUAAUACGGAGCCCAGAACAUCUCCGAGAGCCUCCGAAGUUUGGCAGGCUGCCGGUGGACGCCACAUGUCCAGCCCGCCGCAAGUUGCUUCGCCCGCUCAACAGUCACCAAGGCCUGAUUCUGUGCCGCCUCUCAUGUCGAGUGUGGCAACCGGCCCCGUCCCAACUUCAAUUCCCACCGUGGAACCCGAAGUUCGUGUUCCCGAGCCAACAGAGCUACCGGCAACGAGUGUCUCAACUAGGUCUGAUGAACCAUACGUCGCUUGCUCACGGUGUUCUCGUCCGAACAUUCAGUAUGAAGUCCACAAACACUGUGAUGCUUGCAAAGUUGAUAUCUGUCUGCGGUGCUAUAGAACUGGGCGUGGAUGCAAUCAUUGGUUCGGUUUUUAUCGCUCUGCCAUGGUCAAAUUCAACGCAUCUCAUCCGCCGAAUCGCAACAGUCAGUCCAUGGGCCUACCACACUUGCCAACUAGUCGACAAUAUGAGAAGCCCUCAGCAACUGCGGCACAAUCGGGGCGGUACAAUACGACUGCUAAUGCUACUUCGCGUCUAAGAGAGGGCAACUUCUGCGAUCGAUGUGGCAGUUUUGCAAACGAAUACUUCUGGUCAUGUGACUAUUGCAAUGAAGGCGAGUGGGGAUUUUGCAACGACUGUGUAGGGAGCAAUCAUUGCUGUGACCAUCCCUUACUGCCCGUGGCCUACAAAUCAUGCGACCCGAACUUGACAAGCUCGAGAUUCGGAGGAGGGCUGGGUGCUGCUACACUGAGCCCGUACAGCUCUGGUGGCCGCGACAUCUCCCCAGCUCAGAGCGCAGCUUCGAGCGUCACUUCGGGAACUGGGCCUUAUCCCGGUCUCCGCCCCGACUUUGUACCUUUAGCAGUUACAACCAAUUGUGACAUUUGCUCUCGACCAAUUACAUCUCAAGAGACCCGGUACCAUUGCCCAACGCAUCCGACGCCGACUCCGGAAAACGCUGGUCAGAAAGGCGACUACGAUAUUUGCAGCACUUGCUACCAUAGCUUUGUUGAGACGGGGCGGAUGAAGCGCGAAGAUGGGCCGGAUGGCUGGCGACUGUGCCCCGAUGGGCACCGAAUGAUUGCUGUGGCUUUUGAACGGGACGAGGAAGGCAAUGAGCGCAGAAUCAUCACCCGUGACAUUGUGGGUGGUGUACAAAUGACAGAGGCGGAUGUGGCGGCGUGGAAACUUGCGAUGAAAAAUCUACACCGGGUCGACAGAGCAAACCUUUCCGCAGUGCGAGGCGACUGGAGCUGGCGAGAAGACGAAGCUGGUACACGACGCAAAACACGAGCUAGAACCUCCACCCUCCCACGCUCGGGAAUGCAGCUCCCGCCGGACGGUGGCUGGGGCAAGACUUGCGUCGCCAGAUGGGGUUACUACCCACCUCCCAACGAUGAUGGCAAGGCCAAGGACGAGCUGAUGUUCCCCAAAUAUGCUAAUAUACGCGAGGUGGAGGAAAUCAAUGAUGAAUGGUGGUUUGGAGUAUAUGCAGGAGAUGCAGGCGUCUUCCCAGCGGUGUUCGUGAACAGGGCUUGAGCAUGGCGGACGUAUGAUGAACUAUACGGCCACGACACUGAAUUCUGGGAUCAUCAUGAAAAUUAUUUGAGGGAGCGUGACCUUGGUUCUGAUUUAAUGUGGAAUGUGUUAUGACUUGGAUAUGGAAACCAGCCAGCGAGGACUAAUGGCGGCUAGUUAUCAGGCAGAGAUACCAGGCUCUGAGCCUAGAGCCCGGGGCAAUGGAAGUGCAGUAUCCAUCGCGCUGACAUUCUCUUUCCGAUCCUGGUCAUCUGUUUCGCAAUGUAGAAAGAUCAAGAUGGAGACUUGGACUUUCAUACUUGGCCAUAGGGGUAAUAUUAGUUAAGGCCUCCUACGAUCGAUUACAGCGGCAAGUCCAAGAGGCUUGGGAUGCGAUAGGAGAAGACACACUGGAAGGCCUGAUAGAUACUAUGCCACCACGCUCUCAGGC